AUGGCUUCAACAAUAAAGAAUUUAAGCAUUUCUCUUGGAGGCAUAGAACCAGAACAAAUGUCGAUAGCGAGCUCUCUCCCCGUUCCUUGUGUUCAGGAGCUGGCGAAGGAGACCACCGCGACAGUGCCGCCGCGGUAUCUUCGUUCCGAUCAGGACCCUCCCAACAUAUCCGACACCACUUGUUUACCCCUAGUCCCUGUAAUCGACAUGCAGAAGCUAUUCUCCCCUGAAUUUAUGGACUCUGAGUUGGAGAAGUUGCACCAUGCAAGCAAAGAAUGGGGUUUCUUCCAGUUAAUAAAUCAUGGGGUGAGCACUUCAUUGUUGGAGAAGGUGAAAUUAGACAUUUCAGAAUUUUUCAAGCUGUCGAUGGAAGAGAAGAAAAAGUAUUGGCAACAACCAGGAGACAUUGAGGGGUUUGGGCAGGUCUUUGUUGUGUCCGAUGAGCAAAAGCUUGACUGGGGAGACAUGUUUACCCUGACCACACUUCCAACCAAUUUGAGGAAGCCCCACUUGUUCCCCAAGCUCCCUCUCCCAUUCAGAGAUAACUUAGAAGCCUACUCAGCAGAGCUUCAAAAACUUGCCAUGGAAAUCCUUAAACUUAUGGCAAAAGCCCUUGGAAUGGAAUAUAAUUACAUGAAGAACCUGUUUGAAGAUGGGCGCCAGGGAAUUAGGAUGAACUACUACCCUCCAUGUCCACAGCCAGAGCUUGUGAUUGGCCUCAACCCCCACUCCGACGCUACCGGCCUAACAAUUCUCCUCCAACUCAAUGAAAUUGAAGGCCUCCAGAUAAGAAAAGAUGGGAUGUGGAUUCCUGUAAUACCCCUCCCCAAUGCUUUUGUUGUCAACAUUGGAGACAUUUUAGAGAUUGUGAGUAAUGGAAUAUACCGUAGCAUCGAGCAUCGUGCGACGGUUAACUCGGUAAAGGAGCGACUAUCUGCGGCUACAUUUUACAGUCCGGGAUGGGAACGUGAUAUGGGUCCGGCACCAAGCCUUAUUACUCCAGAAUCACCAGCAUUGUUCAAAAGAAUAGGAGUUGCAGAUUACUACAGGGGAUAUUUCUCUCGUGAACUCAAUGGGAAGUCGUAUCUUGAUGUCGUGAGGAUCCAAAAUGAGGAAGAGAAACGCUCUUAAGACUAUCCUUCACUUUGAAAAACUCGAUGAAUAUGGUUAUCUAUAAGGAAAUAAUGUCAUGAAAGCUAUUGUGUAAUAUAUGAGUGCUAGCUAGUAGCGGAUCCUUUGCUCAUUAUUCUGGUUUGAUUAUAUGCAAGCCAGCUGAUUUAAAUAAACACAUAUUCAUGAUAAAAUUUUUCAA